UUCACCUCCCACGCGCCUCUACGUCUUCACAGAACUCCCAAACCCUAACCUUCGUCCCUGAAAAGAGAGAGGUUAAAGAGACAGCCGCCGCUGUCCGCCUUGACCGAGCCCCAAAGCCUCGUUCUUGGCCCUCAUUUUCCCACCCCCUCACUAAUCCUCUCAUCUUUUCACUACUAACCCCCGACUCCCACCAUCACAAUGGGCAAGCUAUCCAAAGCCGAGAAGAAGAUCAACUACGAUGCCAAGCUCUGCAAGCUCCUGGAGGACUACGGCCAGGUCCUCAUCGUCGCCGCCGAUAACGUCGGCUCGAAUCAGCUCCAGAACAUCCGUAAGGGUCUACGUGGAGACUCCACAGUUCUGAUGGGGAAGAAUACUAUGAUGAAGAGGACUAUUAAGAUCCUUUCCGCCAAGACCGGCAACGAUACCUACCUCAACCUCGUGCCCCUCCUUGUGGGCAAUGUUGGUCUGAUUUUCACCAAGGGUGAUUUGAAGGAAGUGAGCGAGGAGGUUGCCAAGUACAAGGUUGGAGCUCCUGCUCGUGUUGGUUUGGUUGCUCCAAUUGAUGUGGUGAUUCCGCCUGGCAACACUGGUCUUGAUCCAUCCCAGACCUCUUUCUUCCAGGUGCUUAACAUUCCCACCAAGAUUAACAAGGGUACUGUGGAAAUCAUAACCCCUGUGGAAAUCAUCAGGAAGGGUGAGAAGGUUGGGAAUUCUGAGGCUGCCCUUCUUGCCAAGCUCGGUAUCAGGCCAUUCUCUUAUGGUCUUGUUGUCACAAUGGUUUAUGACAAUGGAUCUGUCUUCAGCCCAGAGGUGCUCGAUCUUACUGAGGAUGACCUCAUGCUUAAGUUUGCUUCUGGUGUCUCCAAUGUCACAGCAUUGGCAAUGGCCAUCUCCUACCCAACAAUUGCAGCUGCACCACAUAUGUUCAUCAAUGCCUACAAGAAUGUGUUGGCUAUUGCUGUGGCUACCGAGUAUUCCUUCCCCCAAGCUGACAAGGUCAAGGAGUAUCUGGAGGAUCCUUCAAAGUUUGCUGUUGCCUUGGCUGCCCCUGCUGCAGCCUCCGGUGGUGCUGCUGCCCCUGCUGCAGCUGCGAAGGAGGAGGCCAAGGAAGAGCCAGAUGAGGAGUCAGAUGAGGAUAUGGGACUCGGCUUAUUUGAUUAGGUAGUAUGCUCUAAGUAGUUGCAGGUUACAAAUACUUGAACAAUUAAGUUUGUAUUUUGUUUUGGGAUUAUUAUUUGCUUAAUUAUGCUUUGGAUGUUACUGGUACUAAAUUCAAGUUUUUGUUGUUAUG